UCCGUUCGUUACCGGCAAGAUGCCUGUACACUGCUGCGCGCCGUUGUGCAAACAGCGAGGAAUCAAGGACAGCAAUGGAAAUAAGGUAUCCUUCCAUCGCUUCCCUAAAGAUCCCAUGGUCUACAAAAAAUGGAUUGUCGCGAUCAGAAGGGAUGAAGGCCCCGAGUUUCAAGUAAGCAAGUGGACAAAGCUGUGCUCGAAACACUUUCAUGAAAGUGACUACAUACCCAGCGUUGUGAGUGGCCGAAAGCUCCUUCGUGAUACGGCAGUGCCAUCCGUUUUCUCCUUUUCCAAAAAGAAAACAGUGCGAAAGCCUCCAAAAAAGCGUGCACCGCCACAGCUAAAGGCUAAUGCACCAGCGCCAAGAUCCCAACAAAUAGACAACACUAUGCAGGAUGAUCCAGCGGUGUGUUGCACAAAUGAAGUGCAGGCUGCGGCUGAAAACCCACUGGAGCCUACUGACCACAGCACAUUGCCUGCAACAGACAGUGCACGUCUGGCAAGCAUCAUUCAAGGCUUGAACAAAGAAAUUGGAAGGCUUCAAGAUGAGUGUGGACUUUUCCGACAUCAGUUGGAAAUGGCAAGAGAAACAAUUCGGGAACUGCAAGCAGAGAAGCUCUCUCUUGAUUGCCAACUUGCUCAAGAAAAAGAAGACGCUUCUCCAUUUACCAUCCAACGAUUCAAGGACAGUGAUGAAGACGUUAUGUUCUAUACCGGCCUUACAAGUUACAAACACUUUGUUGAAUUGCUUCUUUACAUCAACCCCGGGGAUGGUGGCUGCAACGUUUUACGUGCAGAGAGCAGCAGCGGAACAGGAUCAUUGAAGGGGCGUAAACGAAAGCUGAGCACCGAAAACGAACUAUUCUUAGUUCUUGUUCGGCUACGCCUUGGUCUAUUUGAGGCAGAUUUAGCUCAUAGAUUUUUUAUCGCACAAUCGACAGUCUCAAGAAUUUGCAAAUCGUGGAUGAACUUUCUGUAUGCCAAACUAAGCGUGUUGCCUCUGUGGGCGCCUAGGGAGACAGUUGAUGCGACCAUGCCACCAGAGUUUGCUGAAAAGUAUGCGUCGACACGAGUAAUUUUGGAUGCCACUGAAAUUAAGUGUGAGGUGCCCUCUUCUUUGUCUCUCCAGUCAUCUACCUAUUCGUCAUACAAGUCCACAAACACAUUCAAGGGCCUUAUUGGUGUCUCUCCGAACGGGCUUGUAGCUUUUGUUUCAGAGCUUUUUACAGGCUCAAGUUCAGACAGAGAAUGUGUAAUAAGGAGUGGAUUUCUGGACUUAGAGUUUGAUGCUGGUGAUGCCGUAAUGGCGGAUAAAGGGUUUCGCAUCCACGACCUUUUGGAAAAAAGAGGUGUGAAGCUGAACUUGGCCCCCUUUUUGAAGGGCCGCACAUUCUCGCCCAGUCAAGUCGAAGAAACCAAAGAGAUUGCCUCACUGCGAAUACAUGUGGAGCGAAGGAUACAAAGGAUAAAGGCGUAUCACAUUUUUGAUCGGCCCAUACCUCUUACCUUGGCUCCACUGAUUAACCAGAUUUGGACUGUGGCAGCAAUCCUCAGCAAUUUUCAGUGCUCGCUUAUUCAGCAUUUGGGUAGCAUGCCUGAAAUGGUGGACUGAGUAGUGACAAGUAUGGAGGCCAUACAUGUAUAUUAGCCUGUGGGCUUUCACAAAAUAACUUUCUUGUUGUGUGACGUAGUAUCACCCCUAUCUCUCCCUCGCAGUAAAAAUCCUUAUCCAUGCUUGUGCAUUUUUUGGGGGAAAAUAGUUGCAUUGAGUGCGUUUUUGUUUCUAGAAUGUGGUCACCGUAGCAGUUGCAGAGUGGUGCGAUAGCAUGCUGUGCCAAAGCUCGACAAGAUAUUAAAACUGCAUAAAUUCUGAAGCUUUUGUAUUGCCCGUCUUUUUCGUUCCCACCAUAUACAAAAAUUCAC